AUGCAGCAGGCUGUUGGGACUGGGUUAGAAGCCCUGAUCCCACAGGCUGCCUCUAUUAAAAAGCUUGCUACGACUGAAGCAGAAUUGGCUGAGCAUGAUAUGCUGGUGUGGACUCCUCAUAAGAAUGGUCAGUACACUGUGUUCAGCACUUGGAAAUGUUUCAGACCAAGUAAACAGAAAGUGAAAUGGAGAAAAGCAGUUUGGUUUGCCGGACAUUUACCAAGAUCUUCUUUUGUUGCCUGGCUCGCUGUACGUAACAGACUAACCACAAGGGAUAGGAUGGUAAAAUGGAAGAUCACUUUGGCUGCUGAAGAGUGUGAACUUUGCAGCUCGCACUUGGAAACUGGAGACUAUCUUUCUGUUACUUGCCCUGUCACGCGAGGGAUAUGGAAGAGUUUAUUGGCUCGGGUUGGUCUUCAACGGUCAUCACCUGAUUGGGACUCAGGACUGAGAUGUAUCUCUGCUCUUAAGGGUAGAAGCUUGGGCACGGUUUGCCUGAAGUUGCUGUGGAUACACUACAUAUACUGUGUGUGGAAGGAGCACAACAACAGGAUAUUCAUGAAGCAUCUCCGUUCACCACAGGAACUGUACAGCACAUUUCAAGUGAUGUUAGGAUGA